AUGAGAACAAGGGUUCCACAAUCUGCGGACAAGAUUCCUCACACUGAGAACAAGGUUCCUCAUUAUGAGGACAAGGUUCCUCACUCGGAGGACAAGGUUCCUCACACUGAGGACAAGGUUCCUCACUCAGAGGACAAGGUUCUUCACACUGAAGACAAGGUUCGUCACACUGAGGACAAGGUUCCUCACUCUGAGAACAAGUUUCCUCGCGCUGAGGACAAGGUUCCUCACACUAAGGGCAAGGUUCCUCAUUUGAAAAGAAGGUUCCUCACUCUGAGAGCAAGAUUCCUCACUCUGAGAACAAGGGUUCCACAAUCUGCGGACAAGAUUCCUCACACUGAGAACAUGGUUCUUCACACUGAGAACAAAGUUCCUCACUUUGAGAACAAGGUUUCUCACUCUGAGGACAAGGUUCCUCACUCUCAGGGCAAGGUUCCUCACACUGAGUACACGUUUCCUCACUCUGAGGACAAGGUUCUUGACUCUGAGGACAAGGUUCCUCACUCUGAAAACAAGGUUCCUCACUCUGAGGACAGGGUUGCUCACUCUGAGGACAAGGAUCCACACUUUGAAAUCAGGUUCCCCUAUCUGAGGACAAGAUUCCUCACCCUGAGAGAGACGUCCUCACACUGAGCACAAGACUCCUCGCUCUGAGGACAAGGUUCCUCACCGUGAGGACAAGGUUCCUCAUUCUGAAAACAAGGUUCCUCACUCUGAGAACAAGUUUCCUCACUCUGAGAACAAGGUUCCUCACUCUGAGAACAAAGGUUCCACAAUAUGAGGACAAGGUUCCUCACACUGAGGACAUGGUUCCUCUCCCUGAGAAAAUGGUUCCUCACUUUGAGAACAAGGUUGCUAAUUCUGAGGACAAGGUUCUUCACUCUGAGGGCAAGGUUUCUCACACUUAGCACAACUUUCCUCACUCUGAGGACAAGGUUCUUCACUCUGAGGACAAGGUUUCUCACUCUGCGGGCAAGGUUCCGUCCUCUGAAGGCAGGUUCCUCAGACUGAGGACAAGUUUCCUAUCUCUGAAAGCAGGUUCCUCAAUCUGAGGACAAAGUUCUUCACUGUGAGGACAAGGUUCCUCACUCAGAGGACAAGGUUCUUCACACUGAAGACAAGGUUUGUCACACUGAGGACAAGGUUUCUCACUCUAAGAACAAGGUUCCUCACACUGAGGACAAGGUUCCUCACACUAAGGGCAAGGUUCCUCAUUUGAAAAGAAGGUUCCUCUCUCUGAGAACAAGGGUUCCACAAUCUGCGGACAAGAUUCCUCACACUGAGAACAUGGUUCUUCACACUGAGAACAAGGUUCCUCACUUUGAGAACAAGGUUUCUCACUCUGAGGACAAGGUUCCUCACUCUGAGGACAAGGUUCCUCACUCUUAAAACAAGGUUCCUCACUCUGAGGACAGGGUUGCUCACUCUGAGGACAAGGUUCCUCACUCUGAAGUCAGGUUCCCCAAUCUGAGGACAAGGUUCCUCACCCUGAGGAAAAUGUCCUCACACUGAGCACAAGGCUCCUCGCUCUGAGGACAAAGUUCCUCACUCUGAGGUCAAGGUUCCUCAUUCUGAGGACAAGGUUCAAUACUCUGAGGACUAGGUUCCUCACACUGAGGACAAGGUUUCUCACUCUGAAGGCAAGGUUCCUUACUCUGAGGACAGGGUUGCUCACUCUGAGGACAAGGUUCCUCACUCUGAAGUCAGGUUCCCCACUCUGAGGACAAGCUUCCUCACCCGGAAGAAAACGUCCGAACACUGAGGACAAGGCUCCUCGCUCUGAGGACAAGGUUUCUCACCCUGAGGUCAAGGCUCCCCACACUAAGAAAAAGGUUCCUCACUCUAAAAACAAGGUUCCUCACCCUGAGAACAAGGUUCCUCAAUCUGAGGACAAUGUUCCUCACUCUGAGGACAAGGGUCCUCACUCUGAGGACAAGGUUCCUCACUCUGAAGACAGGUUCCUGACUCUGAGGACAAGGUUCAUCACUCUGAGGACAAGGUUCCUCAUUCUGAAAACAAGGUUCCUCACUCUGAGAACAAGUUUCUUCACUCUGAGAACAAGGUUCCUCACUCUGAGAACAAGGGUUCCACAAUAUGAGGACAAGGUUCCUCACACUGAGGACAUGGCUCCUCUCCCUGAGAAAAUGGUUCCUCACUUUGAGAACAAGGUUGCUAAUUGUGAGGACAAGGUUCUUCACUCUGAGGGCAAGGUUUCUCACACUGAGCACAACUUUCCUCACUCUGAGGACAAGUUUCUUCACUCUGAGGACAAGGUUCCUCACUCUGCGGGCAAGGUCCCGUCCUCUGAAGACAGGUUCCUCAGACUGAGGACAAGCUUCCUCACUCUGCAAUCAGGUUCCUCAAUCUGAGGACAAAGUUCUUCACUGUGAGGACAAGGUUUCUCACUCUGAAGACAAGGUUCCUCAUUCUGAGGACAGGUUUGCUCACUCUGAGGUCAAGGUUCCUCACUCUGAAGUCAGGUUCCCCACUCUGAGGACAAGGUUUCUCACCCUGAGGAAAACGUCCGAACACUGAGGAAAAGGUUCCUCGCUCUGAGGACAAGGUUCCUCACUCUGAGGUCAAGGCUCCUCACACCAUGGACAAGGUUCCUCACUCUAAAAAUAAAGGUUCCUCACCCUGAGAACAAGGUUCCUGAAUCUGAGGACAAUGUUCCUCACUCUGAGGACAAGGGUCCUCACUCUGAGGACAAGGUUUCUCGCUCUGAAGACAGGUUCCUGACUGUGAGGACAAGGUUCAUCACUCUGAGGAAAAGGUUCCUCAUUCUGAAAACAAGCUUCCUCACUCUGAGAACAAGUUUGCUCACUCUGAGAACAAGAUUCCUCACUCUGAGAACAAGGGUUCCACAAUAUGAGGAGAAGUUUCCUCACACUGAGGACAUGGUUCCUCACCCUGAGAAAAACGUUCCUCACUUUGAGAACAAGGUUGCUAAUUCUGAGGACAAGGUUCUUCACUCUGAGGGCAAGGUUUCUCACACUGAGGACAAGUUUCUUCACUGUGAGGACAAGGUUCUUCACUCUGAGGACAAUGUUCCUCACUCUGCGGGCAAGGUUCCGUCCUCUGAAGGCAGGUUCCUCAGACUGAGGACAAGUUUCCUCACUCUGAAAGCAGUUUCCUCAAUCUGAGGACAAGGUUCUUAACUGUUAGGACAAGGUUCCUCACUCUGAGAGCGAGGCGCUUCACACUGGGGACAAUGUUCCUCACACUGAGAACAAGGUUCCUCAUUAUGAGGACAAUGUUCCUCACUCUGCGGACAAGGUUCCUCACUCUGUGGACAAGGUUCUUCACACUGAAGACAAGGUUCCUCACACGGAGGACAAGGUUCCUCACUCUGAGAACAAGGUUCCUCACACUGAGGACAAAGUUCCUCACACUAAGGACAAAGUUCGUCACUCUGAAAACAAGGUUCCUCACUCUGAGAACAAGGGUCUUCACUCUGAGAACAAAGGUUCCACAAUCUCGGGACAAGGUUCCUCACACUGAGGACAUGGUUCCUCACACUGAGAACAAGGUUCCUCGCUUUGAGAACAAGGUUGCUAACUCUUAGGACAAAGUUCCUCACUCUGAGGACAAGGUUCCUCACACUGAGGAUAGUGUCCUCACUCUGCGGACAAGGUUCCUUCCUCUGAAGACAGGUUCCUCAGACUGAGGAGAAGGUUCCUUGCUCUGAGGAGAAGUUUCCUCACUCUGAGGAAAAGGUUCCUCACACUGAGGAGAAAGCUCCUCACUCUGAGGACAAGGUUCCUCACUGUGAGGACAAGGUUCCUCACUCUGGAGGCAGGUUCCUCACACUGAGGACAAGGUUCCUCAUUCUAAGGAUAAGAGUCCUCACUCUGAGCUUCCACACACUGAGAACAAGGUUCCUCACUCUGAGGAAAACGUUCCUCACACUGAAGACAAGGCUCCUCACUAUGAGGAUAAGGCUCCUCACUCAGGGGACAAGGUUGCUCACUCUGAGGAGAAGGUUCAUCACUCUGAGGACAAGGCUCCUCAACUGAGGACAAAGUUCCUCAUUCUGAAAAACAAGGUUGCUCACUCUGAGGGCAAGGUUCCUCACUCUGAGGGCAAAGUUCCUCAGUGUGAGGACAAUGUACCUCACUCUGGGGACGAGGUUCCUCACACUGAGGACAAGAUUCCUCACUCGGAGAACAAGGUUCCUCUGACUGAGGACAAGGUUCCUCGCUGUGAGGAAAAGGUUCCUCACUCAGAGGACAAGGUUCCUCACACUAAGGAGAAGGUUCCUCACUCUGAGAACAAGGUCCCUCACCCUGAGGACAAGGUUUCUCACUCUGAGGACAAGGGGCCUGACUCUGAAGUCAGGUUCCUCAAUCUGAGGGCAAGGUUCCUCACUCUAAGGACAAGGUUCUUCACACUGAAGACAAGGUUCCGCACCCUGAGAAGAAGGUUCCUCACUCUGAGGAGUAGGUUCCUCACUCUGAGGACAAGGUUCUUCACUCUGAGGAAAAGGUUCUUCACACUGAGGACAAGGUACCUCACUCUGGGGACGAUGUUUCUCACACUGAGGACAAAAUUCCUCACCCUGAGGACAAGGUUCCUCACUCUGAGGACAAGGUUCCUCACUCUGAAAGCAGGUUCCUCACACUGUGCGCAAGGUUCCUCAAUCUGA